CUCCCCCCACCAAUUAUAAAAACACUCUCUUUCUCAUCAAUGCGGGUUGGGUAGCCCGUUGCUCUUCAAUGAACCAUUAACCACACCAGACAUCGGUUUCGAGAAAUUAGCCAUUUAUCCCAACGGACCCCUCUAAUUGAAAACGACCCCAAUUUCUUCAUCAGAAGAAGAACAAGAUCUGAUUUUUUGUAUUGAGACAACAAAUGUUGUUCGAGAUCUGAAGAAUUUGCAGAGCUUUUGAGGAAGAAGGAAAGAAAAGAAUGGGGAGCAAAUGGAGGAAGGCGAAGAUGGCUCUCGGAUUGAAUAUGUGUCUCUACGUUCCCAAAACGCGAGAAGAAGAAGAAGAGCCUGCUACAGCUCCGCCUCCCUCCGCCGCCAGGGUUUCCGAUGCGGUUUCGCUCUCACCCGACCCGACCCAGACCUCCGAUUCCCGGGUCUCCAUGCCCACCACCCCUACCCCCUCCUCCUCCGGCCUCCGUUUGUCCAAACACGGCGCUAAAUCUUCUAAGGCUGUCGUCGGUGGGUGGGUGGUGGUAGGUGUAGUAUAUGGUGGUGAUCCUCUUAGAUUUACUUACUCCUUCAGUCCCGCUUGAAAUUUUAACAUUUAGAGCAAAUUGUCCAUUUGUACUAAAGGUUGGAAAUUCAUAGCGGAACUGAGGAGUAAAUACUUUUAAAGAGUAGUGUAGUUGUUUCCGGGUUGGCGAAUUGUGAAUAAUGACACGAGAUUGAGCCGGGUGGUAGAGUGUGGGGGUAGACUCUUUGUGAGUACAAGAAAACAAUUUGCCAAUCGGGAAACAACUGCACUACAUUUUGAAGAUUUACUCUUUUACGUCACGUUGGGAGUUUCCAACCUUUAGUGCAAAUGGACAAUUUACCUAAUAGGUCGUCGAGUCUCCAUAAUUU